CACUGAUGGCAACGCGGUUUGUCGCCUACGAACGCGUUUUCAGAGCCGUGGAUCAUUCGAGGCGCCUGAAGCGACCGGGACGCCGCGCCCCACAUCACCAGGCCCGUUGGCCCCACCACCUUCCCGUGCAACAGCAAACGAGGAGGAGGCGGUUUCUGAUUGGUUCAUGAUGAAUGACAGGGCGUUGCCCAUCCCGCAACCUCUCCCGCUCAACCUAUUGGUGCCGUGGGCGGAGCGGCGUAUUGAGGGGGACGAGGAGACAGCAGCUGAGGAUGCAUGUGUGCGUGCAAAGGGGUUCCAACAACCACCCGUCGGUGUGGUGCGCUGGCACCAGCCCCAGCAAGGACCUUCUACUCCUCCCGUCACCGCUGCAGGUGCUGUUCAGCAGAGGGCCCCUCUUCGCAUGGUGCCCCAAGAGGGAGAACCCUCCCGUCUAUAUCAGGUGCCCCAGCUUCUCCAUGCCCAGGCGCGGAGCAACAUUCAGGCCUUGCAGCGCCCACAUAGCGCCCCACCCCGUUUUUUACAUGCAUCAGCUGCGAACUCGGGCCGCACGGUGAAAGUUAUUGAUCCCAUCAUUACUACGAAGAUGAGGAGGAAGUAGUAGUAGUAGCUUUUUUUAGAAGCGUUAUUUUUCACUAAUUUUUCCACUAAUUUUUUGUACUUAAAAAUAAAAUCAUGUUGCAUUGCA